CCACUCCUCUCUCUCUCUCUUUUUGCUUCGCAAUUGCAAACUCCGAGGCUCUCUUCGCAAUUGCCGCUUAAAUUUUCAUUCUGGGUUCGUGUUUAAGCUGCAUUUCGACUUUGAAGGUGCAUUGUUUUGAAUUAUGAGUACGCUGGAUGCAACCAGAACGGAACUUGGUCUUCUUGUUUUGUAUCUGAAUAAAGCAGAAGCCAGAGACAAAAUAUGUAGAGCCAUACAAUAUGGCUCCAAAUUCUUGAGUAAUGGGGAGCCUGGUACGGCACAAAAUGUCGACAAAUCUACCAGCUUAGCUCGAAAAGUUUUCCGUCUUUUCAAGUUUGUCAAUGAUCUGCACGGACUUAUUAGUCCAACUCCUAAAGGAACUCCCCUUCCUCUUAUUCUGCUGGGAAAGUCCAAAAAUGCAUUGUUAUCGACUUUUCUUUUCCUCGAUCAAAUUGUUUGGCUCGGUAGAACGGGAAUCUACAAGAAUAAGGAACGUUCUGAACGUAUUGGAAGGAUUUCUUUGUUCUGUUGGUUGGGCGCUUCAUUCUGCACAGUGUUGGUGGAGCUUGGAGAGAUUGGAAGGCUAUCCGCUACAAUGAAGAAGCUGGAGAAGGAUCUUAGGGACAGCGAUAAACGUCAAGUUUGUAGCCCCCAAGACGAGAAAUAUCGUGAAAAUCUUAAAAAAUCAAAUGAAAGGUCCCUGGCCCUGAUUAAAGCAUCCAUGGAUUUAGUGGUUGCUGUUGGACUACUUCAGUUGGCACCAAAGAAAGUUACGCCACGUGUCACAGGCGCUUUCGGAUUCGUUAGUUCUCUGAUCUCUUGCUAUCAGUUGCUUCCCCCGGCAUCAAAACCGAAGGUGUCGUGAAGAAGUAAAGCCAAAUCUCACAGGACAGGAUGAAAAAGAAAGGUCAUUUGAACGAAUAACUACUUGAAUUCCUUUGCAAAAAAUAGAAUAACUACUUGAAUUUGUGUCUUGGUAUAUGGUUUUUAGCAGUUUCCAGUCCCCUUAGAAUGGGUAGGGUGAUCUUGAAAUGUCUCUUACGUUGUACGGUUCCUUUAAAAUAAUAUGUGCUGUUAGCUCUUAUGCUUCCUUAAAUUUCCAUUCUUAAGUUAUAUGCAUAGAUGUUAUUUCUC